GGCUUUGCCGGGCUGGGCCGGGCUGUGUCGUGCGCGGCCAUGGCGGUGCUCCUGGAGACCACGGUGGGCGACCUGGUCAUCGACCUGUACACGGAGGAGCGUCCCCGCGCUUGUCUGAAUUUCCUGAAGCUCUGCAAAGUCAAAUACUACAAUUAUUGUCUUAUUUAUAAUGUACAGAGGGAUUUUAUUAUACAAACUGGUGACCCCAUGGGAACUGGUCGUGGAGGGGAAUCCAUAUUUUGUCAGCUGUAUGGUGAUCAAGCCAGAUUUUUUGAGGCAGAAAAGGUGCCGAGAAUCAAGCACAAGAAGAAGGGAACUGUGUCCAUGGUGAACAAUGGCAGUGAUCAGCAUGGAUCACAGUUCCUCAUUACCACAGGGGAAAACCUGGAUUACCUUGAUGGUGUGCAUACAGUAUUUGGAGAAGUGACAGAAGGCAUGGAUGUGUUGAAGAUAAUUAAUGAAACCUUUGUAGAUAAGGAUUUUAUCCCAUAUCAAGAUAUCAGGAUAAAUCAUACAGUAAUUUUAGAUGAUCCCUUUGAUGACCCACCUGGGCUGUGUGUUCCUGAUCGCUCACCAGAACCUACGAAGGAGCAGCUCGAUAGUGGCAGAAUAGGAGCAGAUGAAGAAAUUGAUGACAUGAAAGGACGGACUGCAGAUGAAAUAGAAGAAGUUCAGGCAGAAAAAGAAGCAAAAACUCGUGCAAUUCUUUUGGAAAUGGUGGGAGACUUGCCAGAUGCAGACAUCAAGCCACCAGAAAAUGUGCUUUUUGUUUGUAAACUGAAUCCUGUGACCACAGGUGAAGACCUGGAGAUAAUAUUUUCACGAUUUGGUCCCAUUAAAAGUUGUGAAGUGAUCCGAGACUGGAAGACUGGUGAAUCUCUUUGUUAUGCUUUCAUUGAGUUUGAAAAGGAGGAAGACUGUGAGAAAGCCUACUUCAAAAUGGACAAUGUGCUGAUAGAUGACAGACGGAUACAUGUGGAUUUUAGCCAGUCUGUUGCAAAGAUUAAAUGGAAGGGAAAAGGUGGGCGGUAUACCAAAGAAGAUUUCAAGGACUAUGAGAAGGACCGUGACAAACCUUCGAAAUUUGCUCUGAAAGAAAAGGUUAAACCAAAGCAAGAUGCCAAGUAUGACCUUGUGCUGGAUGAGGAUGUAGAAGAGUCUCACACAAGUCAGUCACACUUGGCUAAAAAACAGAAAAAGAAAAAGCACCACCACUCUGAAGAUGAAGAUGAUGACAAGAGGACCAAAAAAUCUAAGGACUCUGAGAGGAAGCACGAAGAGCGCUGCAGGGAGAGGACCAAGGGUGAGAAGAGGGACAGGCACCGGAGCCGCAGCCGCUCUCAGGACAGAGAUUACAGCAGGCAAAAAGACAAAUACAGAGAAGACAGCCGAGUGAGAGACUGGGAUAAAAAAACAGACAGAAGCAGAAGUCCUAAGAAAUCAAAAGACAAAGAGAGGUCCAAGUACAGAUGAAGGACAAGGAAAAUAUGGAAGGGAACUAAAAUAAUAAAUUCAACUUUUUUCUUUUGUG